AUGGAGAGAGAAAGUACUUUACAAAUUUUGCAAGACGAGAAGAAUAUCGCCACCUAUAAUGAAUCAAUCAUUAACGAAGAUAAACAACCUGUAACAUCAAAAGAAUUGAAAGGAUGGUAUCUUCAUAAUUUUGCCUGCGGAGCUUAUGAUGUUGCGAUAGCUGGAUUCUUACUCGAAAAACUUGCAAGCAAAUCGGGUUAUGAACUUGAUCACGUUACUCCUUGCGAUACUUUAGUACCAAAUCAUAAAUGUGUAAUAAAAAUUGCAGGUGUAUAUAUUGAUACGGACAGCUUUUCAUUCUAUGUUGUGUCAUUGUCUGUACUAUUACAAAGUCUACUACUAAUCAGUUGCACUUCUCUUGCCGAUCAUGGGGCAAAUCGAAAGAAAUUUCUUUUAUUUUUUUCAACCGUUGGAGCUGUUGCUACGAUUUGUUACGCGCUGGUGUUUAAACCUGAAUGGUAUUUGUUCGCAGGCAUCAUAACCAUAGUUUCUAACUGUUGUUUCGGUGCGGCAUAUGUAUUUCACCUGGCGCACAUUCCAAUCUUUUCACGUAUAUAUCCAGAAGUAUUAUUGCUAAAGAAAUCAAAUGCAUCCAGUGAAAAGUUGUUAGAAGUUGAAGAGAAAAUUUCAACUAAAUUAUCAGCUAAUACGACAAGUUUAGGAUUUGUAGCAGGUUUAUUAGUAGUAUUUGGAGGAUUAGGCAUCGUGCUAGCGUUAAAUUCAUCUGAUUAUAGUUUACAAAUCGCCAUGUCCUUUGGUGGUGGAUGGUGGUUGAUUUGGUUAAUCUUCCCUUUCUUAUGGUUAAAAGAGCAUCCGGAACCCCCUUUACCAAGCACGGUAAACAAAUUUUUGUACCCUUACAAGAGAAUUUUUAAAACGAUGAAAAAAGCAAGAAAAUUAAAGCAAUUAACGAUAUUCUUGACUUCUUGGUUUUUGUUGAGCGACGGUAUAAAUACAAUCGGUCCUUUAGCUGCUUUAUUUGGUUCCAAAACGUUUAACCUCACAGAAGUUCAAUUAAUAAUACUCGCCAUUAUCGUGCCAUCAUGUGCAGCGAUUGGAAUUUAUAUCUUUUACUUUAUAGAAAAAUUAUUUAAAUUCACCACAAAGACAAUGAUAAUAAUCAUCUCAAUAAUGUUAACAUUAUUACCCGCGUAUACAUUACUGGGAUUUUUUUUGCCAUUUGGUAUGAGACACAAUUGGGAGAUUUGGUUAUUUGUUGUUUACUUUGGAUUAUGUUUAGGUAGCAUCCAAGCGUACAGUCAGAGUUUGUUUAGUAGGUUGAUACCAAAAGGGCAUGAGAGUGAAUUCUUUUCAUUAUAUCUAAUCACGGCGAAGGGAUCUAGCACGUUAGGACCCAUGUUAUCAGGGAUCGUAACUAGCGCUACUCAUGAAAUCAGGAAUGGAUUUUGGGUUCUAUUCGUCAUGUUAUCUAUUUCUAGCGUAAUCGUUAUGACAUUGGUGGUGGAUAUUGGCAUAAAAGAGUCCGAAGAUUUUGUUAAAGAUGAAAUAGAAGAACAAUCGGAACAAUCUUAA